AUGGUGUUUUUAGCAGACAUCCACAUAACAGAGCUAAGUGCCAAAGUCAAAGUCAGCGUUACUGCAGUCAAAGUCAAAGUCAGCGCUACUGCAGUCAAAGUCAAAGUCAGCGUUACUGCAGUCAAAGUCAAAGGACGCCGUAGUCUUAAAGGCAAAUUGGUGUCUCCAACUGACGAUUUCUACUCUGGCUCUGAAUCUGAACCUGAAAUUCCAGAGCACAUCGUAGAGACAAAGGAGGAAGAGAUGGUGGAUAACAAAGUGGAAGUGCCAGCGCUGCCAAGAUCAUCCCUGACGAACUCAGCAUUACAGAAUCUCUCAAAGCCUAAUUCAGCGCUACUGCAGUCAGCGCUGCCGAAUCCAGCUCCGCCGAUGUCAGCGCUGCCAAGUUCAGCUCUGCCUAAUUCAGCUCUGAAUAGCUCUGCCUUCACAAGAGCAGAGCUGCCGAGCUCAGCUCUGACCAGCCCUACCAAUGGAGAGAAGGUAUUUAUUCAGGAACAGGAGUAUAUGGAAGCUUUUGCUGGAUCGGCCGACAUGGAGGAAUUAGCUAAGGAAGCUGAAGAAUCAGCGCUGCCUGAAGAGUCAGCGCUGCCGCAGCCAGCUCUGCCGAUUCCCGCGCUGCUACAGUCAACUCUGCCGAGCUCAGCACCCUUCAGCCAUACCGAGCUGCCCUUUGAUGAACAGAUGGAAACCAAGAGGUCAGCGCUGGAACUAAAGGAACUCCCUGCCAAUCUCAAAUAUGUAUUUUUAGAAGCAGGUGAGGAGAAGCCAGUGAUCAUAUCUUCCACGCUGACUUGGGAGCAAGAGGCAGCGUUGCUCAAGGUAUUGAAGAGAAACAAGGCAGCUUUGGGAUGGAGCCUGGCAGACAUUCGUGGCAUAAGUCCAGCCACAUGCAUGCACAAAAUUAACCUAGAGGAGGGAGCAGCACCCAAGCGAGACGCUCAGCGACGAUUGAAUCCUAUUCUGAUGGAUGUCGUGCGCAAGGAAAUCCUUAAGUUGCUGGCGGAAGGGAUCAUCUACUCUGUCGCUGAUAGUGAGUGGUGCAGCGCUGCAGAGUCCAACUUUACCGAGCCCAGCUCCACCGAAUGCAGCGCUGCCCAGCCCAACGCAGCUCAGUUCAUCCCUGCGAGCCUUGCCGAAGUCAGCGUUGAUAAGCUCAGCGCUGUCCAGCCCAGCACUGCCGAACUCAGCGCUGCUCAGUCCAGCCCUGCGAGCGCCGAGCCCUGGUGGAGCGGUCCAUUUUUACUCAAAGAGGUGUUCGAGCAUGGUGCGGUAGAGCUGUUGAACGAGCACACAAAGGAGAGUUUCCGAUUUUGGUUGCCAUGUGGAUACUUUGAUGUUGGCGUUCAUGUUUUGACUCCAGCGCUGCCAGCGCCUAUAAGGGCACAGUUACAAGGCUAA